UUUCACCUGUCAAGACUAUUUUCAACUAUUCCAAUAUUUAGAAGAGCGAUUUUUGAAAAAAAAAAAAAUACAAACUACGCAAUGUAAACAACGAAACCAAGUGUACUUAUAUAGCAUAUAAUUUAUUAAUAGAUAGUGUUAAUGCCAAACCAAAAUGUGUAAGUUCAGUCAGGAAGAUUUGAGGAGGUUUAACGAGCGUUUAAUGAACGCCCUGCAAAACGACGAAUGCCGGAAAUACUUCACAGAAUUUAUAAAUAAACAACUGCUGAAGUACAGAAGGGCAUUUAAAAUUUGGACCAUUGUAUAUGACUCGAAGAGUGAGGAGCCACACAUCAAUGUGUUGGAAAAUAUGGAACUCAAAGAAUUGAUGGAUGCGUGCAGUUAUUUAGAUGGCAAUGAGUGUGUUGAAGAGAUUGAAACUAAGUCUGUCGAGUACUUAAACAAACUGCACAGGAAGUUCAUGAAAUUUAUCAAGACAAAGAACAAUACAUUGCAAUCAAAUUGUAGCACAUCUAGUCAAUAAACAUCACAUUCUAUCACAA